GGCUCUACUUCCUGAGCAGUUCGCCUUUGGCUUCAUGACAAAACGUCCCACACUUCUUUCAUGCGGUUCCUUGCUGCAUAACUCAUUGAAUAUCACACUCGUUUAUCCAUUACCCUUUACCAAACAGCAUGCAUAUGACCGUACUCGGCAUCGCCGCGGCGCUGGCAACGUCCUCUCACGCCAGCACUGCAUCCCAUCUCGCUUUGCCGACCCAAACGAGCGCCUUUACGCUGACGGUGGGCAUCGAGGCCUGCGCCGAUCGCAACUGGAACGCAUCGAGGCUGUCUCGAAGCAGUGCUUUCCAGACGCUCACCGUCGCUCGGUCAUCACCAGACAACCUCGAGUAUGUGGCCGUAGACACGGCCACGAACAUUCAUUCCUAUGCAACGAGCGUAGUAAGACAUGAAACAACGACGACUUCAACUCUCGAUUGCGUUCGAACUAUCACCACCAGCGCCAGCAUUACGGACAGCAUCGCUUGGCCAACUACCCUUGCUGGCAGCCCAACCAUGACUACCUUGUCCACGGCUACAACACGAUCGACGCUCGCUCAUCGUGAAUCGUCAGUGCUCUCAAGUCAAGUCGCCAGUCCAAUCAUUAGCGAGCUCGAGCCAGGCAGGUCUAUCACCACGGCCCAUGCCCCUAACCCCACCGUGCCCACCGACGCACCGCAGAUGACGACGGUCACUCUUACUACAAAUGUUGGCAACACCUACACCAUUAGCACCAACUCGUUUGAUUUGGUCCAAUCCACAAGCACGGAAAACAGCCUUGCUACCCCCCCUCCCACCAUCAUCAACCUGAUGCUCACCAUCACGGUGACCGCGCCCACGCUCACGCAAGCGAACCUUAUGUGCGCCUGUCCGCACAUCAUCUCAGGCUGCAUCACCGCAGCCGUACCUACCGACACCGGAAGCAGCUCUAACCCAUCGGGUGUCUUGAACAACGUGAACAAGAUGGAGCUCAACAUCCUCGAUCACAUUGAAGCGUUUGGUCACGCCCUCCACAUCCUACUCGACGCUGUGAAGAUCUACUGCGAUGUACGCCAGCUCAUCCGACUGGCCGAGAUUGCUGGCAUUCUUCGCCCAAACAACGAUCGACAAGCCCGAGUGUAGAUCCCUACGCUGCUCACACCUGCUGGUGCGGACAAGACUUACAGCCUCACCCUAUCGGGGUACAACACAUUCUGCACGGGCUUACGGAUGAUGACGAAUCAUGCUCAUGUUGUUGGCACGCAGCGUGUGAAUUUGGACCGGUCUUCGCUUCGAAUUACGGGACGUUACGUGUUCUUCUUCUUCUUCUAAUUCAGUA